AUGAUAAUGAAUACAACUCGAUUAAUGCUUGAUAAUACUUAUAAUUUAUUCAUUCCAAUAUCAGAUAAUUGUAUGAAGUUAAACAACAAUCAAUGCAAUACAUUUCUUCUAUAUUUCGGUCUACCUAAUUCUCCUAUUACAGCAAUCAAUAAUGAUGAUAUAUUAAUAUCAACAUCAGAAUCAGAAUCAGAAGUUGAAUUCGAUUCUAAUAAAUUGAUUGUAUCUGAUACAAAUAACAAUAUAUCAAAUGAAAUAGUUUAUGAAACAUUUUUUUCUCAACUUUUACAUAAAUUUUCAAUAUUAGAUACGUUACCUUUUGAAGAACUUCAAUCAGAACUUUUUCUUGAAACUUGUGAAGAUUAUUUAUCACUUGUUGGUAAAUUCAAUAGUCCUAUAUUUGCACCAUUGAAAGCAGAUGUCAAUGGUAAUAUCAAUAAAUUGCGACGAAAAAUAAAUGAAAAUGUAAUAAAAUUUCAAACAUUGUAUUCAAUUCUUAACCAUGAAAUUCAAGCACAAACAACAAAUGCUAGAAAUUCAGCAACAGAUGCUUUACUUUGGCUAAAACGAGCUUUCGAAUUUUUAUCAAAUUUUCUACAUGAAUUUGGUAUAGGUGAUAAAACUCUUGCAGAUUCUGUAAGCAAAGCUUAUGAACAAUCAUUAAGAAAAUAUCAUGGAAUUUUAGCUAGAAGUGUUUUUUCAUUUGCUCUUCGUGUAGUACCUAAUAAUACAGAAUUUCUUCGUUCACUUGCCAUCCAUUCAAAUGAUGCAUCUGAAAAUCUUUUCAAACAACAAAUAUUCAAAGAAAUGCUCGAUCAUUCUUCAAGUAUGUCAUCUGUAUUGCAAAAAAUUACAUUAUUCUAUUCGAAUCAUGGACUUGAAUCAACAACAAUCUAUUUUGAUUUUAAAAUGACUUUACGAACUCCGAUGAAGAGGAUACAGUUUGGUUCGCGAGAUUUACUUGCUAAUGGUGGUGGUUGUCCUGUUGAAGUUUUCUGUCGUUUGCGACCACCUAAAGAUAAUAAUAAUGAUCAAGAAAUUGAUAAUUCUUCUUCAUCUGUUAAAAUUUCAAGUUCAACAGAACUUACUCUUUAUUCGUCUGAGAAUGCUAAAAAUGGUCAAAUUCGAGAAUCUCAUUAUGAAUUUACUCAUAUUCUUACUGAUGAUGUUUCACAAUCAGCUGCAUUUAAAGAAUUAGCCAUACCUCUUCUUGAUGAUCUUAUUCAAGGAAAAAACAGUGUAUUGUUUACAUAUGGUAUAACGGGUUCGGGAAAAACUUAUACAAUGAUGGGACCAUUGAAUAAUCCUGGUUUAAUACCACGUUCAUUUGAUGUGAUUUUUAAUUCAAUUGGAUCAUAUCUUGGAAAGAAAAAUCUUCUACGUUCGGAUCGUCAAAAUGGUUAUGAAAUUCAAAGUGAAGCUGAGAUUUUACUUGAACGACAACGAAAAGAAAUUCCAAUAACAAAAGCUAAUAAUAAUCAACGUGCAAAAGCUUCUGAACCAACGAAUAUUCGUACAUUAGAUAUGACAUCAAUAUGGAAUGCACAAUUAAAUGAAAAUUGUUCAUAUUUUGUUUUUGUUACAUUUGUUGAAAUUUAUAAUAAUUAUAUAUAUGAUUUAUUUGAUGAUGAUAUUCUCAAUAAAGCACCACAAUCAAAACAAUUACGUGAAGAUAAUCGUGGACGACCUUAUAUAAGAGAUGUUAAAGAAAUUGAAGUACGUUCAAGUGAAGAAGCUAUUGAAUUACUUAAUAUGGGUUUAAAACGUCGUCGUAUUGCACAUACACAAUUAAAUACUGAAUCAAGUCGAUCACAUAGUGUUCUUUCAAUGCGUCUUAUUCAAUUUCAUAAUGAUAUUCCAUUGACAUCACUUACAAAAGAUGAUCUUACAAUAAGUACGAUUCAUUUGGUUGAUUUAGCUGGAAGUGAACGUGUCAAUCGAGCAAAGACUGUUGGUGAACGAGUAAAAGAAGCGAGUAAUAUUAAUUCAUCAUUAAUGGUUCUUCGACAAUGUUUUGAAGUUUUACGAGAAAAUCAAGCACAAGGUACAAGCAAGAUGGUACCAUAUCGUGAAUCAAAAUUAACAUCAUUUUUUAAGAGUUAUUUUGAUGGUGAAGGUCGUAUACGAAUGAUUCUUUGUGUUAAUCCAACUGCUGAUGGAUAUGAAGAAAUUCAACAUGCACUUAAAUUUGGUGAAUUAACUAAAGAUGUUAUGGUACCACGUGCUUUGCCUCCACCACCGCCACCACCUCCAAUUCCACCUAAAGUAACUCGUGGUCAUGGUGUUUUACGUGAAGUUGAUAAUCAACAACAACAACAAUCUGUACCUUUUUUUACUGAAUUCAAUGCACAAGCUUUAAUUGCUCCAUUUCCACCACUUGAAUAUUCUCUAUUGGAUGGAGUUGGUGUUGAUGAAGCUAUACUAAGUCUUGAAGAACAUCUCCGACGGCGUAUCGACGAACGACAUCGACUUAAUAUGUUAAUUCAUGAACAACAUGAUUAUUUACAUAAAUUUACUCUUGAAUUUGCAUCAGAUUAUGAUUCAACAAUAUCUGAUCAUGAUGAAUUAAUGAAAGAAAAUGAACAACAAAGUAAAACAAUUCGUCAUUUACAAACACGUAUUAAAUUAUUAGAAAAAUCUCAAAAUGAUUUUUAUAAAACAACAAAUCAAAUGGAACGUGAAAAUAAAACAUUAAAAUCAAAAAUUGAAGAUCGAAAUAAUGAAAUUAAAUCUUUAAAAGUUGAACGACGAAAAGAUAAAAUUGAUUUUGAAAAUAAAUUAAAAAUAAAAAUAAAUGAACUUGAACAACAAUAUUUUAAUGAAUUAAAAACCAAAGAAAUACAAAUGCGUGAACUUGAACGACAACAUGAUGAUAAAUUAAAUAUCAUUCGAUCAAUGGCUGCAACAAAUACAAAUACUCCAACAAAUGAAAAUGUUUAUCAAAAUCCAUUAUCAGCACGUAAACGAUGUCCAAGUGAAGAACGUAUUCUUCAAGAAACAUCGACACAAUCACCUGUGUCUCGUCAGGCUCCAGCUGUACCACCUAAACGAUUUCGAAUGUAA